GAUAUUUAAUCAAUUUCGGUUCGGGUUCGAUACUACUUUUUCGGAUCGGGUUGGGUUCGGUUUUCCGGAUCCGGAUUUUUUGCCCAGUGCUAACUAUAAUACUUUUAACACACAUGAAGGUUAAGACAAGAAGAGGAAGGUACCUGAUUGAUUACAUUAGAAGACCUAUAUAAACCUCAACACACAUAUCCCAUUUCACUUCAUCUUCGAUUACAUCACUACAAAACAUCAUCUUAACUCUACCUAUCAAUGGCUGUUUCUAGUUCUCUAGUUAUCUCUCCAAGAGAACUCCGGUCUGAUCUAUACUCUUACUCCUACCAAGACAACUCCAAGACACCUCUGGUUAUCUCUCUACUCUCGUCUCUGAUCGAUAGAACUUUAACUCGGAACCAGAGGAUUAGUCGGAAAGCGUCGCCGGCGUCUUAUUCUUCAUGCGGCGGUGGCAAAACCCAUAUCUUUGACUGCCGUGAAAUCCCCGACUUGACUAUACAAUCUUACCUUGAGAGGAUUUUCCGGUACACUAAAGCCGGUCCUUCGAUUUACGUGGUGGCUUAUGUCUACAUUGACCGGUUCUGUCAAUUCAAUCCCGGUUUUAAAAUCAGUCUCACUAAUGUACAUCGCCUCCUCAUCACCACCAUCAUGAUCGCUUCUAAAUACGUCGAGAAUUUGUAAGUCUUUCGAUUUUUCUUAGCUCAUUUUACAUUUGUAUCUUUUUCCAAUAAAUUUUUAUUUAAAUAAAAAUAUUUAAAGAAAAUUCACAUUUUGCUUAAUUAGAUUAAUUCUCUAAAUUUCUUUCCUUCUAUGUUUCUCAGGAAUUACAAAAAUUCAUAUUUCGCCAAAGUAGGUGGACUGGAGACGGAAGAUUUGAACAGAUUAGAGUUAGAGUUUCUGUUCUUGAUGGGAUUCAAGCUACAUGUUAAUGUGAGUGUGUUCGAGAGUUAUUGUUGUCAUCUUGAAAGAGAGGUUAGUUUUGGAGGAGGUUAUCAGAUUGAGAAGGCAUUACGUUGCGCGGAAGAAAUUAAAUCCGGACAAAUGAUCGUUCAAGAUCCUAACCAUCAUCAUCAUCAUCAGUUUGCUGAAAUCUUGUUGUAGACAAAUAAAUUUUAUUUUUUGUCGCUUUGUACUUGUGAUCUUGACAUACUGACAAACUUGUCGGUUAGAGUUUACUGCUUUAGUGUUUUCUAUGGUCUUGGUGCAAAUGUAAAUAUAGAUGCGUAGAGAUGAGCAAUGAUGUAAGUACGAGCAUUGUAUUAGAUUCAAUAUCAAUUGGGUUUGAGAAUAUUGUUUCAUUUUACUUUCAUCUAAGCAAGAGAAUUUGCACGAGAGCUAGGAAAAAGGGUUCAAAUCGGAAAAUAGCAAUGAAAAAUAUUAUUUGACUUAAAAGUAAUAGAAGCAUAUUCACAAAAUAUUAUAUUAGACAACCACACAUAUUUUUCUUCAGGUUUUGCAAAAAUUGUACCCAAAUACUGAAAAUAUCCAAGUUAUUCAUUUAGUACAUCCCCUAUAUAUUAAUUGAGGAACAUUUGAAAAGAUGUAACCUCAAUUUUGUAUUAAUUAAAAUAGGCCCCAAUGCAUAGGUGGCACUCAAUUAGGUAGUCAAUUACAUUCAACUGAA